GACAUUUAGGAAGAAACAUCUCAGAUGUAACAAGUGUAUCAUUCAAAUCAUAAUAUUUAAAUGUACAGUAUCUCAAAGCAAACCUCAUAUUUAACACAUAAAAUCUUUGAUCAAUCAAUAGUCUCGAUGUUUUUUUCCCUCUCUUUUGAGUUUUGAGGUUAAAAAUGUCCUCGCCGGCAAUGUCGAGCAGCCGCCGCUACUUCCUCCAGAUGAUGCAGUCUUCACAAAAACCGUAUAAGCAGUCUUCACCAAAACCGUAUCCGAUUGGGAGGGAACAUCCUCAGAAGCAACGGCCGGAACGCACCUUUAGUGGUCCAUCAUCACUGCUUUCUCGAGUCAGGUUCCUGAUCAAUGACAUCUCGGAUCUCGACCUUGCAGCCAAGCACGCCCGUUUAGCUGCGAGGAAGAGGAUGGACCCUGAAGAAUCCAUCUUAACCUGCAACGCCAUCAUCGGAGCCUUGUGCAACGCUGGGCGGUCCGGCCACGCCUUGGAUAUGUUCGAUUUCUUUUUCAACAAAUCCAAGAUGAAGCCAAACAUAGCUUCCUGCAAUUUCAUCAUCAAAUCCCACUGCGAUCAAGGCCGCCUUGACGAUGCUCUUCGAUUAUACUCCCACCUCCUCUCCUCGGACCACACUCCUUCUCCGGACCACAACACUUACGACCACUUGACCAAAGCCAUGGUCGAUGCCGGAAUGAUAAACCAAGCUCUUGAUCUCUUGUUGAAAGGAAGAGCUGACUUGUUCAAUUUCCAAAAGCCAGGCAUGUACAUGAAUCUUAUUCGUGGCUUCAUGGAACAGGGGAAUCUCGACAUGGCGUAUGAGCUCCGGGACGACUUCAAGACUUGUUCCAUACGCGAGUACAUCGCAGUCCUGGAAUCAAUAUUCGUAGAGUAUUUGUUUAAGCAAGGAAAGGAUGAGGAAGCUAUGGCUCUAUACAAGAGCUCAGUGAGCAUGGACAACAACGGCUUCACAACAAAUGCAACUGUGGGCAAUAAGUAUUUGAAAGUGUUGCUCAAGUACGGCAAGAAAACAGAGGCCUGGGCAUUGUUCCAGUAUAUGCUUGACAAUCACAGCUGGAUUAGCUUUGAUGCAGAUAAUCUUAAUCUGAUGGUGAGCGAGUGUUUCGAGGUGGAACGGUUCAGCGAUGCGGUCAACAUCUUCAACAAGACCAAGGCAAAGAAUAAGUGCUCGCUGCCUGUGGAAGCAUACAGGAACCUUAUAACAAGGUUGUGUCAGAAUGGGAGGUUGUCCGAGGCUGAGAGUGUGUUUGAUGAAUUGUUGAAAGAAAAAUUCGUGAAACCAGAUGAUGAAACUUAUAAAGCAAUGAUUCGUGCAUAUGUUGAGUCUGGAAGGGUUGAGGAAGCCGUUCAAACUGCAAACAAGAUGGUCGCCUCUAAAGUCCACAAGUCACUCUCUCUCGAUAACUCCGUCGGGAGCAUGGCCGGUAUUAUUUUCCCCGAGCGCAAGAGUGCAAAAAAUGAUAAUCCGACAUAUAUCGUAUGGGUUCUUGAUGAUUGCUUCAACAUCCCAGAUACUUCAUUUUUUUGUGACGUUCAUAGGAAACUCGAGGACGCUCUUCGUAAAGAUGGAUUUGACAGUUCCUCCGAACACCGUUAUCUCAUUCUUGACCCGAGAACCAAGUCCUCGGAUUUCCUCGAAUCUUUUGAUGCUUUGAACGAAAAAUAUCUCAGUCACUGUAUCUAUCUCGAUACUGUAACAUGCAAAGGGGAUAAAGAUGCAAUCUUUAACUGUAUGUUAGAAGACAUUCUUGUUUGGGCGUUUGUACUGAGCGGUUUCAAUAGCAGGACAGGAAAUGUUGUGGUACUCUCGAGUGACAAAAACUUUGGACAAGGCACCAAGUUCUCUCAAUUUCGUGACUGUUUGUUGAAGAAAGGUUACAAUGUUGUCGUAGUAAAUCCUGAUACUUUGCCCAAAGUAGAUUGAAGCUGCUUUUUACCUGGUGUGCUUUUAUGAUCCGAGUGUAGUUUUAAACAAUCUUUUGCUUUUGCAAUUCGUUUAUUGUCUCAUCUUACCAUGUGUACAAGACUAUUUUUGAAACAAUUCCUAUGUCAUAUAUUCGUCACUAUAAUUUGGUCGGUGUCUUACAUAUCAUGUUGCAAUAAAAGAAAGCAUAUUUG